UUUUCAAUAACAAAUCAUUCAUUUUCAAUUUGCACUAGCAACGUAUUGAUCACAAAUAAUGACAGGGGUGAUUAAGAUUGCUUGUCUCUCUGGUUCUCUACGAAAAGGCUCUUUUCACACUGGCCUCAUUCGUCAUGCUAUUCAUCUGAACAUAUUUGGUGAUGUUGAUGUUGAUGAUAUGGAAUUCGUGUACGUUGAUAUUUCGAAUUUGCCAUUGUUGAACACUGAUCUUGAGGAAGAAGGGACUUUUCCUCUUGAAGUUGAAGAUUUUCGUGAUUAUAUUCUUGGAGCUGAUAGCUUUCUAUUUGCUUCUCCUGAGUAUAACUAUUCCAUCUCAGCUCCACUAAAGAAUGCACUUGAUUGGGGAUCAAGACCACCAAAUGUAUGGGCUGGUAAAACUGCUGCCAUAGUGAGUGUUGGAGGAGCCUUUGGUGGAGGAAAAGCUCAACAUCAUCUCCGCCAAAUCGGGGUUUUCCUUGAUAUUCAUUUCAUCAAUAAACCUGAGUUCCAUCUAGAUGUAUUUAAGCAUCCAGAUAAAUUUGACGAUGAUGGUGACUUGGUUGAUGAAGAGAUCAAGAAUAGAUUCAAGGAAGUUCUUGUGUCCUUAAAGGAAUUUACCCUUCAGCUUCAAGGCUCAAGGUUGCUGGCUCCCGUCGAACCUGAAACACAAAUUGAACCAUCACCUAUCGAAGUUCCAACAUUAUUAUCCUUAGACGAGUUGAAGGAAAAAACUGACAAUUUUGGACCAAACACAUGGAUUGGUGAAGGGCGGUAUGGGAGCGUGUAUUACGCAACAUUAAACGAUGGAAAGGCGGUGGCUUUGAAAAAGCUUGAUGUUUCUACUGAACCCGAAUCAAAUGACGAGUUUCUAACCCAGGUUUUCAUGGUCUCAACAUUGAAGAAUGAAAAUCUUGUUGAGUUACAUGGAUACUGUGUCGAAGAAAAUCUUCGUGUACUUGCAUAUGAGUAUGCUAUUAUGGGCUCUCUUCAUGACAUUUUGCACGGUAAAAAUGGAGUUCAAGGGGCGCAACCAUGGCCAACUCUUAAUUGGAUGCAGCGAGCAAGAAUUGCAGUCGAUACAGCAAGGGGAUUGGAAUAUUUACAUGAGAAAGUUCAACCAUCAAUCAUACACAAGGAUAUCAGGUCAAGUAAUGUGCUUAUCUUUGAAGAUUACAAAGCUAAGGUAGCUGAUUUUAACCUCUCUAAUACAAAGGGGCCCUUUAGAAAUGCCAUGGAGCAGUUGACUGAAAAAAGUGAUGUUUACGAUUUUGCCGUCAUUCUUCUUGAGCUCCUUACAGGUAGGAAACCCGUUGAUCAUACAUUGCCUCGAGGAGAACAAAAUCUUGUCACAUGGGCUACCACAAGAUUAAGUGAAGAUAAAGUGCAAGAAUGUGUGGACCCAAAACUCGAAGGAGAAUAUCCCGCAGUAGCAGCUGCUAAGGUUGCAGCUAUAGCAGCACUGUGUUUGCAAGAUGAAGCUGAUUUUAGGCCCAAUAUGAGCAUUGUUGUUAAAGCACUCCAACCACUUCUGCGGCCUCCCGCUCCUGAACCAGAAACUUGAAGCAGAUGAAUUGAAAUUAAAAAAACUUCUCUUUUGUUUCUGCAUCUUCUGCAUAAUUUGAGUCAGAUAUUAUGAAAUACUGCAAAUAAUAAUAUAGAACUUUUUAUUUUUGUUUGAGAUUGGAUAUUGGGUGGUUUCAUGUUAUUUUUAAAUUCCAUGUAUUUCUGGUAUUGCACUUUAGUGCAGAAGAUUAUAGAGCCAUACUGCAACAUUUACCAAAAUGGUAUGUCUGGAUCCACCCGACUGAGCCGAUGAUAAUUGGAUCAAACGACUUAUUUAUUAUUUGA